AUGGACGAAGUGAUACGAACGAGUGAGUCGGGUCCAGUGGUUACUCAUAACGACAUCAAGCCGGACAAUAUCUUCCUAGGUCAUCCUGGUUCGAUGGGCAAGGACGUGGACUUUACUGCCUACCCUCCAGCCUAUUUCGGAGACUUUGGUAUAUCGUUUAUAGCCUCCAGGUUCAAUAACAAGUCUGGCGGCGGCCCACCGGAGUGGUAUGCCCCCGAGCAAGCUAUAUACAAGCAGGAAGGUCUGUAUAUGUAUUCACACACAAAUAUAUGGCAACUAGGUCUUGUCAAGUUGUACGCAAUAGCCACAGAUGAUUUCCAUGAUUCGACUAUACUGGAAAACAAGGAGGGGAGGCAGGUUUGCUUCGAAAAAGCAGAAUCUGCUGGUUAUAAUUUGGAACUGCGGGAUCUCAUCGAUGUGUGUCUCGAUGAAGACCCCUUAGAGCGACCGACACCCCAGGAGCUUGUAUCACUCGUCCAGGACUACGUAGGUGUUCACGCCAGGAAUAUGCAACGAUGGGGCACCAAAAGCUGGGUCAUACGUAAGCACAACGCAAGCCCAUAG